AUGCACUGUAACCUUCCAACAAUCCAUGCUUCUCAGGAAGUUGUUCUUCCCUCACAGAUCGGACAUUACCAAAUCAUUAAGAAGAUCGGAAAGGGAGGAUUUGCUGUUGUAGUUUUGGCAUUAGAUUUAAAGACACAGCAAAAAGUUGCAAUUAAGAUUAUCCAAAGGAAGCUCAUGGAUACCAAUGAGAAUAUGAAGUAUUUGGAAAGUGAAUUGCGCUUGCAUUCUGAACUUGAUCAUCCAAAUAUUGUAAAAAUCUUUGAUGUCCUAUAUGAAGAGGAAUUUAUCGCCAUUAUCAUGGAGUAUUGCAGUAAUGGUGAUAUGUUCGAACACAUCCAAUGCCACACCAUGUUCACAUUUACAGAACAGCUUGAAAUUGCAAAUCAACUUAUCGAUGCAUUGAACUACAUGCACAAGAAGGGAAUAUACCACAGAGACAUCAAACCCGAGAAUAUUCUCUUCGAUUCCAACUUCAGACCAAAGAUCAUUGACUUUGGAAUGUCAGUUGAAGAAGAUUUUUGCGGACACUCAAUUGUCGGAACCCCAAUUUACAUGGCACCAGAGACAUUCACAAACCAGUGCUACGAUGUCAAGAAGAUCGAUAUCUGGUCAUUAGGAGUCACUUUACACAUGCUUUCUGCUUAUGCCUAUCCAUGGAACACUUGUUCUCCAGCCCAAUACAUCAAGAAUGCAAAGCAAGGCUUAGUUGAAGUUAUUGUAGCUGCUCCAGGUGUUAUGGGCGAUUUGAUCAAGAUGAUGCUUGUUCCUGAUCCAAAGGAGAGAGCAUCAUAUGAAGAACUCAUCGUUUUCCUCAACAACACACGCCAGCACCAGAUUUCAAAGCAGAAAUGCAACAUUCCAAAGAUUUCUGCUUCUCAGAAGUUUUCUUUCAAGAAGAAAUUAGACAUCAGUACUGAAAACUUAUUGUUUAGAGCAAGAAAGACAGCCAGAACAAGGAUGAGCAAGAUCUUGCCUUCCUUGAAUAACCAGAUAUACCUCCAUUAA